GCAGCGAUCGCACGCCGUUAAAGACAAAGCUCCAGUUUGCCUUGAACCUCGAGUCCUCAACCGAUAACUCACUUUACCAGAGGUCGUGAACAGGUAUCUGACGCCUCAACGCGCUGGAUUUAAUAGAGGUCUGUUGGAAAAUGAACGUUGAUAUUUACCUGGAGGACAUAUAUUAACUUUUGACCUAUUAGAAGAUACAUUAGAGCGUUAUGAUCGUUUGAGUCAUACAUGAAGAUAAAUAUGACCUCAAGAUGUGAAGGAAGAAAACAAAGGAAUGAAGACGAGGUACACAUUAGAUAAAGAAGAGGGUUUUGGUGGCUUUUGUUGUCAUCUAUAUUGUCAGGGGAGGUAAAAGUGAAUAGUGUGGAAGAACAGAUGCAUUGGCUUUGAGUUAGUAAAACGACAAAAGGAAAGAAUGGAUUUCACAUCAUCUGCUUUUUUCUGUCAUGGCCUUCAAGCUUUUUUCUGCAUGAAUGGAAACAUUAGUACCUGAAAAGUAAAGUAACUUCAAACUGUUACCAUGUAGUUUAGUCACGAUGUAGUUCUGUCAACACCACGGAAAAACCACUAUGAAUCUGACCCCAGAUCAGCCACCAACCCAGUUCUACGCCCUCCCCAGGGCAUUGGAUCUUCAACGUGAACCUCAAAACAAGAGCAGGUCGACUCCAGCCAGCUUCUUCAACAGCUCCUUCUUCUUCCAGGACAAUGCUGCUUUAGAAUGGCAGCUGUUCCUCACCAUCCGAGAGCCUGGCACCAUUAUACUGACUGUCCUUUACUCUAUUUCCUUCCUUGUGGGUUUCUUAGGAAAUGUCAUGUCCCUCAAAGUCCUACUUGGCCAGCACGGAAGCAUGCGUCUGUCGGGUGCGAGCGCCACCCGCUGCCUGCUGAUAAACCUAGCGGUGUGCGAUCUAGCAGUUGUUUGCGUGUGCAUGCCCGUCACCCUUGGCCACCGCAUCUACACGCCAUGGGUGUACGGGGACUUUCUAUGCCGCGCGGUGCCGUUCACGCAAGCGGUGUCGGUUUCGGCCAGCGUCCUGAGCAUCACUGUCAUCAGCAUCAGCCGGUACUAUGCUGUUCACUCGCCGCUACAAUCCCGAGCCUACUUCACUCGUCGACGCAUCCUCGCCUCCGUCACAAUCGUGUGGCUCGUCUCCUCAGUGAUCUGCAUGCCCGUCGCAAUAGUGACCAGGCGUGAUGAAGUAGCUUUGAUCGAAGGGCUGGCCAUCGUGCUGCCCGUGUGUGCAGAGGUGUGGCCUCAGCCGCGAUUGCGACAGGCGUACAACGUCCUGCUGUUCAGCGCACUCUACUGCCUACCUGUCGCGUUCAAUCUCACGCUAGCCUUCCUCACGUGUCGCCGGCUGCGCAGCACUGGCACCGAGGGUCAGUUCACAGAGCUGGACCCCCGUUCUCAGGCGCUUCAUGAAACGAGGUUGCAGGGGCGUAAGCAGAUCGCGCGUAUGGUCGCGGCUUUGGUGCUGCUCUUCGCUCUGUCAUGGUUGCCUAUGUACGUGACUGAUAUUUGGCUGGACCGUGAGCUCCGCCAUCCACCGGACUGGCUUUUACAGACCAGACCCUUUGCACAAUGGUUAGGCCUCACCAACUCUUCUCUCAACCCAUUUUGCUACUGCUUCAUUGGUGACCUCCACCGCUCAGCCAAGGCUUUGCGUUUGCGCCUCUGUGGCCCGUCCCCAGCCUCUGCCCUGGCUCUGGCCUCGCUCCCGAAAAUAUUCAACCUACAGAAUCAAGACAAAUCUCCAGGGAGCGUCGCUCUCAACACAGCCAACUCCUGUGGAGAGGAUAAUGGAAAUCUUAAUCUGUCGAUGUGGUGGACUCAAUCUCGCACGUCUGACUCUGUGACCACUCUGUGA